AUCGCCCAUCUGAAACUUAACCUAUCUUUCAUUUGGAAAUAUUUGUACUUUUUAGCGUUUUGAACGUUACGAUUUUCGUGAAUAGUUAUGCCUUGAACAAAACCGCAAACAUAAUAUUUAAAAUUGUGCUAUUAAUUGUGCAAAACUGUGUUUUAAUUUUUACUGUGUCCUUUAGCAACGUUAUGUCAAGAUUUUAGAAUUUGUUAAAGAAAUAAUCUCUAAGAAGAUGGCUAAACAAGCGCCAAACCCCAUUGAUGUUCAGGAUUUUCAAUUCAAACUGCAUUGCCGAUUGAACGUAUUCACCAACGCUGAUAAUGCAGCGUUUAACACACCAUGUCAUUUACUGGCAAAUUCAAGCAGAUUUGGGCUCAUUUUUGUCGGAACCUCAUCGCCCAAUUUUCAAGUGAUCCAAAUCAGCGCUAUCGAGAAGAGUUUACAAAAAGAAGUCGAGUUGAAUGAGUAUCCACGCAGGAUUAUCACACUACCUUCUCCCCCAAAACACCUAUCAAUAAAUUGCGACAGCACAAAGCUGGCGGUUGUAGUCGAGAAAAAUGGCUCCCCCUUUGCUCUCAUUUACGAAACCGCUUCUUUUAUGAAACAAACAGCUGUUAUAACUCAAGAAAUACGACUUUCGACAACUCCUGGGGUUUGUGUUACUCAAAGCAUGUGGAAUCCUACAAUUCCAAAUAUAUUUACGGCUUGCAAGAGUGAUGGUACAGUAGGUUUAUACGAAUUAAAAGAAACCGGCCUAGAGAUAAAAGAGUUACCGGCCGAAUCGCAAGCAUUGUGCAUCUGUUGGAGUCCAAAGGGAAAACAACUGGCGGUCGGUUCGUGUCUUGGCAAAAUUACGCAAUACAAACCGGAUCUGAAAGCCAUGAAAUCGGUAAAUCCGCCGCCGUCCGAUGGGCCGCUAGCUGUAAUCGCCGUCGAAUGGAUAUCGAGCUUUCAGUUCAUCGCCCUGUAUAAAGUCGCAGGCUCGGAAACGUGCGCACUUUUCGUGGUUGAUGCGCCCAAGGUGGGAGAUGUGGUGUUUACAAAUUACGAAGACAUUUGCUACAGUAAUGGAAACAUUCGACCUGUGCAAUUUUAUACUAUACAUCAAUCUGUUUGGAACAUACUCCUUGUGGCAUCAUCAAACAGUAUGGAAGUGGGAGUUUUGGGCAGUGAGAAAGAACAGUGGACACAAUGGAUCUUGUCAGAUGUUGCCAGAGCGGAGUUACCCUUGAGUGCAAACAAACAAGAAACGUUGCCGAUAGGAUUAGUUCUCGAUACAUCUCCAGUAGACCCCAUUAUAUGGGGUGAACAUUCUUUGCCGCCGGCUCCAUUUUUAUUCCUUCUGUCACACUACGGCGUAUUGUGCUGCUUUCGGAUGAUAAACAUAAAGAGUGGCGUUUCGUCGAUUUGUCAGGCACCGGAAUCAUUUGCUGAUAACAGCGGUCUAAGCUUAUUUACAAAAGCUGCUAACCCGGUGAAUCUUAAAGUGGAAGCGCCAAAACAGAGCAUGCCGUUACCUUCGGCAAAUGUUCAACCGAUAAUCAAAUCAACAGCUCCAUCACUGUUUAAAGAUGCGUCUUCGUUAAUUGCUCAACCGCUGUUUAAGGAUGCAACGUUGCCACCACCACCACUCUUUAAGAAUGAUUCAGUUACAACAGCUGCAUUUCUUUCAAAACCAACCCUAACUCCUGCUCCCAUAAUAUCAGUACCACAACCCUCUAUUCCCUCAACUCCCGCGUCCAAAUUUAGUACCAUAAAGCCAUCUGCGCCACCUACGUCUAGUUCUGAGACUAGUAACACACAAGUGAGUGAAACAAAAGCUUUACCAGAAGAAACCGAUCUCUUAGUUUCGAAGUUAAUUCGCGAAGAAUGUGAAAUUUUAGAAAAGGAAUUGCAAACCUUACUCUCCAAAGGACACUCAUUAAAAAUUCAACUGGGAACAGAUUCAGAAGCAGUUCAGCUUGUUCAAAAUGCGGACUCCAUGCAAAAUUUUCUUAAAGAGGUUGUCGAAAAUAGUACAGUUCAAGCUGCUGAGGUACAUUCAUUAAAACAAGCACUGAUUCAAACAUGGGCAUGGUACGAGGACGCACGGUCUCGAUAUACACUGAGUCAGGAAGCCACACUAGAGGCGCUCCUGCGCGUCGAACAAUUGGAUCCUGUCUCACAACGUCGUUUAUCUAAUAUACAGUACCUAACCUACUAUCUCGAAUCUCAACUGAUUCAGGCGAACCGUGUCCUAGACGAACAAUGGGAAAACUUUCAAGAUUCGUGCAAGAAAACUUGCAAGCUGAAAAUUCCUACUAUCGAAACAAUCUAUCAAACGAUGGUGCGACAAAACGCGAUACAUCAGAAACAGAAAUAUGUACUGAAAGAUAUAGCAAACCGAAUCCGAACCCAACGUAGGAAAGCGAACGGUCAACCUCUAUUCGUAUCUCUAAAUCACGUGGAUCAGUUAGAGAGGGAUCUAUUACAGUUACAGCUGGAUCCGCAAAACAUAAUGCAUGCGCAAUACGAACGAGUUCUUGAAACUCAAAGGAAACUUACAGGGAAUAAAGUGAGAAAAUUAGGAAGGUUACUAUUGGAAAGGGACAUAACGCAUAUAUCGGUUAAUAAACCUCAACUGUCGAAUACGUCGUUACAAACGCUACUGAAUAGCAGCGCUCAGAUUAAACACAAGGAGGAAACCACGAUUUUAGGCGCCGAUUUGUCACCCAUACCUACCAAUAAGUGGACAUCGCCAACACCUCAAAACACCAAUGUAGUUCAGUCAACUCCAAAGAUAGUGCCAUUGACAGAGAAGAAGAAAGAUGAAGAGCAAAAAGAAAUUUCACCAAAGAUCUUGAUUGAGCCAAGCCGUGUUUCGAAAGAAGAUUCGACUACCAAAGCAGUAGGUGCCAACAGUACUGAACCAUCGAAGCCGAUGCAGUCUUUUAAUUUUCAAUUCUCCUCAAAUACCUCAGCUGUUGUUACAUCAAAUGUACCCUCAUCUACGUUUACAUUUACCAAACCUACAGCGACGGCGCAAAGUAAAUCUGAUACAAACGCAACUUCGCUCUUCCAGUUUACGCCCUCUACUACCUCUGUGAUGCCCCAGUUUAGUUUUUCAUCAACAUCAUCGUUACCUUCAAUGUCUUCCUCGACUAAACCCUUUUUUUCAAGUGUGCCGUCAUCAACGACUGCUGUGGAAAGCAAACCUCUGACAACCACAGUCAGUUCGGCGUUUGUCCCCACAACACAACUAUCGUUCUCGUUUACCGCAAAGUCGGAGGCUCCAUCUUUAGGUACAAAUACUGUCAAACCAUCACCGACUUUCAAUUUUUCUGCGCCGAUUACUGGAACUGCCUUAUCAAUAAGUAAAGUUACGUCUCCUAAAACACCUACAGCAACUACUAGUUCGGCAACGCUUUUCAAAUUUAGUUCGCCUAAAACGACCACAGUCACAAAUACAACUACCGGGGGCGCAAUUUUUAAUUUUAAAUCUCCAAUCUCGAUAUCUGCAAUACCAACACCGGCUGCGGUGACGGUAACACCUGUAAGUGCGACUGCCAAAUUACCUGCUGAACCUGCGGUAAGCACAAGCGCAUUCAGUUUUGCAAGUGUUACUUCGGCACCAAACUCCGUAUUCACUUUCAAACCUUCCGUUUCACAACCUCCGGCAUUUGAAUUUUCAAAUGUCUCGAGUGAUGCGGUGAAAGCUGUGACGAAUGCACAAGUUUCUCUUACCAAGGCUACUACUACGACAUCUACGUCUGCAGUUACCACUUCUGUUAAAUCUAUUUUUACACCUGUAAUGACAACAACUGCAGAUACUACCACUGGGAAAGAAGAUGUGGCAGUGGCAGUUGCAUCUUCUUCAUCAAUCUUCAGUAGCAUAACAACCACUGCUUCUAAAACAACGGCACCAACUAUAUUUGGAAACGCUACUGUUGCGAUUACUACCACACCCAGUAAUCUUUUCGCCACAACAGUUACACCAGCAACCAAUGUGACAAUUACACCUACUUUUAGCUCGGUCACCACCACUUCAUCAGAGACUGCUGCUCCAACUUCAUCAGCACCAUCAUUUCCAUUGACUGCCGUGACUGAAUCCUUAUAUGGAACUGCUGUUUCGAGUACCAGUUCAGUAUUUACACCACCUGCUUUUAACGCAGCUUUCACACAACCUCAGGCAACUCAAUCUUCCAUAUUUGCUCAACCAACUACCACAGUUGCCUCAUCCCCAAUGUUUGGUGAAGUCGCAACAACUACAACCGGCGUAUUUGCACCUCAACAAAGUGGUUCUGUGUUUGAUAAACCUGCUUUUGGGAGCGCUCCCACUUUUGGUGCUCCUGCCGCUACUACGACAAACAUCUUUGGUACACCUGCUCCAUCCGCCUCAGUGUUCGGGUCCAACACUUCAAUAUUUGGAAAUUCUACUACCCCAUCGACCGGAUUUGCACAACCUAGCUCGACGUUCAGCUUCUCAGCGGCCGCCGCCAAUAUUCCCAAUUCAGAUACGAAAUUUGGAUUUUCGAAACCGGCAUUUAGUUUCGGAAAUACGGCGCAGGGCGCAGAAGGUGGACCGUUCAGUUUUAACAGUCUAAACGUUGGCGCGCCUAGCACGACCGCCAGCACCAGUCCCAUGAAUUCGGCAUUCGGGCAGCCAAGCAACGCGAAUCCCUUCGCCAAGAAUGUUUCGCAAGAACAGAAACCGUUCGGCGGAGGAAGUCUGUUUGGAAGCUCACCGUCCGCCACAUCUUCCUCAAUAUUUGGAGGAGGAGCCUCUGCGCCAGGCGGUGGUAUGUUUGGAAGCCCUUCACAGCCGGCUUUUGGUUCCACGCCCGCGUUUGGAGGCGGUGCGGCCUUUGGGCAGUCGCCCACCUUUGGACAAUCGAAUUUCGGAUCUUCGUUUGGCAGUCCCCAGCCGUCGUCGGGAAUGUUUAGCGGCGGCGGUACACAAUCGGUCGCGCAAACCGGUUUCGGCGCGUUCAGUCAAACGCCACAAAAGUCGACCGGAUUUGGCGGAGCACCCGUUUUUGGAGGUUCACCUAGUGCCGGUUUUGGAGCACCGGCAAGUUUCGGCGGAGCUGCAUCCAGCUUUGGAACGCCACCUGGCGCGUUUGGUGGUAAAAUUUUCGGAGAGGCACCUACUACUGGAGGAGCAUUUGCGGGAACUGGUCAGCAGCAGAACUCCACAUUUGCAAAUUUAGCGUCACAAAGCACCGUUGGAUUUGGAUCACUCGCCCAACAGUCCCAGCCGCUACAAAACCAGUCGCCUUUCUCAAACAGUUCCUCAUUUUCAACAUGGCGCUAAACACAAGCAUCUGUAUUUUUUAAAUGAAAUGUAAUUUUAUUGAUGAAAAUAUUAACGAUUAAAUAAAAAACUGUUUUCUACAUA